GUUCUGCUGCCCAGUGUCUUCUGAUAACUCACUGCUCGCUGCCUCUGGAACCUUGGUUUCUGCUGGUAGCUGUGUAUCUGUUUCUGUAGGCGGUUCUGUGGGUACAUCUACUGAAACCUCUGGUGGUUGUAGGUCUGGCUCCUCGUGUUUUUCACCCAUGGGAACCUCCAAAUCCUCUCCUGCUCCCCACGAUGUCUCUAACUUCAACACUUGAGUUGUCUCUGGUUCAGCUUGGCUAGAGAAAGAAGAUCUGGAAAACACUAAGGUCAACUCUCCACUGGCUUCUGCCUCUGACCCAGAGCCCCAGUCCUCACCCUACAGGCCACAGAUGGUAUCUCCCGUGAGUAAGGAUAACACGGAAGAUCUACAGAAAGCAGCUGGUGCUUCAGAGGUUCAGGCUCCGGGGGAGCAGGAGUUGCUCCCAGCAGACCAGGCUCAGGUACACAGUGAGAUGGCCAAGUACCAAGCUCCACAACGAUCUGGAGACAUGGUCAUGAUCCAGUCUGAGCACACUGGAGCUGUAGAUGUCCUUUCAGCGGAUUUGGAAUCUGCAGAUCUUCUGGGGGACCACAGGAAAGUCUCUCCACCUCUGAUGGCCCCUCCGUGCAUCUGGACCUUUGCCAAAGUAAAGGAAUUCAAAAGCAAGCUGGGCAAAGAGAAGAACAGCCGUCUGGUGGUGAAGCGGGGAGAAGUAGUCACCAUCCGGGUCCCUACCCAUCCCGAGGGAAAGCGUGUCUGCUGGGAGUUCGCAACUGAUGACUAUGACAUUGGCUUUGGAGUUUAUUUUGACUGGACCCCGGUCACCAGCACUGAUAUAACUGUGCAGGUCAGUGAUUCGAGCGAGGAUGAGGAUGAAGAAGAGGAAGAGGAGGAAGAGCUCGAAGAACCCGUCCCUGUGGGAGAUGUGGAGAGAGGCUCCAGGAGUUCUCUACGGGUUCGCUACGGGGAGGUCAUGCCUGUGUACCGGAGGGACAGCCACCGAGAUGUGCAAGCUGGCAGCCAUGACUACCCUGGCGAGGGCAUCUACCUGCUCAAGUUUGACAACUCGUACUCCCUGCUGCGCAACAAGACUCUGUACUUCCACAUCUACUACACUAGCUGAAGGACGCGAGGCUGGGGCAGGCUGUGUUUGCUGGCUGAAGCAGGCUGCCAGCUGGUGCCUCUUGUCUAUAAGCAAGAGCCUCAAGUUCUGUGUGGGGCUUCUAAGCCUCGUGCCCUGCCUGGCAUGCCUGACUAUUGACCCCAUGUAGCUUUCCCCCUUUCUUGGCUUCUGCAGGUGGUGGUGUAGUGCUUCUGUUCUGUGGUUCCUGACUCACACUCUUGUUUCCGACUCCAGCAAAAACCCUCUCAGACGGCCCCUGCGAGGCAGAAGGCUGAAAUGAAGUAGAAGGGUGUCUUUUAAAAAUUGAUUCACGCUGGUAAAGCUUAUCAUUCAGGUUGCCGCUCA